AUGGCUGCGCAUCGACCCAACUUCAGCAAUCUAAACGAUGGCAUUGACUGGAUAAACGCCCUCCCCCCUCAUAUUGUUGCCCAGCAAGAGCGACUGCGUGUUUCCAAUGCAAGAGAUUUCCCACAUUCUAUGUUUAUGCAGUGGCCUAUACCAGAAGAUAUCUUGCCAUCGCACUCAGCACUGAGGCGUGUUCAAGGGAGUACACUUCACAGCACGCGCCCAUCGGAAGCUCAGUCUCGAGGCAGUCGGCGUGCCCUCAUUGAUUUGCGAAUUCGGGAAGGUGCACGGGAAUUGGAGCGGGAUUCACGCAGUCAGGCCCCACCACAAGGGGGGCGAAAUACUGUUAACACACCUCAAGUGCGUUCCCAAGCGAGAGGAUCAAUACGACAACAACAACAUCAACGGCCUCAGCAACAUUCUCAGAUAAUUCCUGAGGAUCUUGGUUUGCCUACUCUUGCUAGCUUGGCGUCAACAAUGUUGAAUAUUCACCACAGUGAGGCAAUGAUGGCAUUUGAUGAAUUUCUCGCAACACAGGUUGGGAUUGCUGAAGCGGCAGCAGCGGCGAUGGCAAGAGAACAGGGACGGAGGUCAUCAAUGCUUGAAACAAUGGAGCUUCGCAAUGGCGAAGGGGCUCCAGGGUUUACUCGUGUUUUGGUAUCGGUACGGGCUUCUUCUUCUGAAGCACCUCAAGUUACAGCUCACGUAGAGCGUGGAGUCCUACAGCCCCGUCAACGGGGGCACCACAUUAACAGUAGUGGAUCUAAUUUUGACAUUAUAACAGGAUGGUCGCGGGUGCCACGGUCUGGUGAAGGUAACGUGAAUGGAGGCACUCGCAGAGGAACUGGGAAUGAUAAUGGUUGGGAAAUCAAUGAUUUUUCGUAUGAAAAUCUAUUAAGACUUGACAACGGUGUGAAAAAGACUGGUCUUUCCCAAAGUCAGCUUCGCCACAUGAAACCCGUCCCCUACGCUGCUGUCCAGCCAUUGGAUGAUACCAAGAGUGGUAGAAGAAGUUCUUCUCAGGAGGCCUGUGCGAUUUGUCUUGAGACACUGGCCCCUGGGGUAAUGGUACUAAAGAUUGAGUGCGGACACACAUUUCAUCAUAAUUGCAUCGUCCGGUGGCUUCUGCGCAGCAACUGCUGCCCUACUUGCAGACACGAAAUUCCAAGGAUUGGGCAGACACGGUAA